AUGACCAAGACCUGUCAGAUACCUGUUACUUCUGCAAGCAUGCAGCUCGUCAGCAAGACUCCUCCUCCUCCCCUUCAUCCCUUCCCCAGACCUCCCGGCAUGCUCCACACCCAAGACCCCAGUCCCCCUCCCCUCCCGCAGCCUCCCCAAGGCUUCUUCCGCCCCCGCGUCCUCACUGCCGACCUCGCCUACAAGAUCUACCGCGAAAAGCCUCCCCCCCCCUUCGACAAGCUCUCCCUCUCCCGGCGAAGCGCUGAGGUCGCCCUCCAGUACGGCACAAGCCCCAAGACCGUGCGAGACGUCUGGAGCCGGCGGACGUGGACGCGAGCGACGACGGCGCUGUGGACGGCAGAGGAGCUGGCGCAGAGGCCGGCGAGACGCCGGGCAGGGCCGGGGAGGCCCGUGGGCUCCAAGGACGGGCGCCCGAGAGUCCGGAGGUACUUCCGCAAGGGCGACGCUGCGACGAGCGCGAGGAUGGAGGAAGAGAGCAGGAGAGCGGAGGGAGCGGAGGGAGGAGGGCUGAGCGAGGAGACGGGGGUGUGCGAGGGGAGAGGUAUACAGCGCAUGGUGGAGGGAGGGGACGGAGGAAGGGAUGGCACGCGGGCAUAG